AUGUCGAUGUUUAGAACUUUGCAGAAACAAACACGGAUAGUAACACUAUUUGCCCAUGACUUAGAAGUUAAUAAAGUUGGUUCUAAGAUACUAGAGUAUUUAAAGAGUGAUACCUCGAAUAAAUUCACAGUAGAAAUAUCGACACGUUUCCCAACUCAAGACCAAUUAAAAUAUAUGAAUCAAUUUGACACAGAUGGCAUUUUGGGACAACAAAUUAAGUCCUUGGAUACAGUAAUGAAUUUACCAUCAUUUGACUCUAUAUAUGGAUUGUCAUUAAAAGACAGCAUAAAGAGAGGUAUUUGGAACCCAAAAAAUUCAUUAUGGGUUGACUGGGAAAGACAACGAUUGGGAAAUAGCAUCAUAUCUGUUAAAGAAUAUUUAAAAAAUUUAGAGGCUGCUAAGGAUGUAGAAUCUAGGCUUUAA